AUGAGUAAUGCAAAUCAAUUUAGACACAAGGGGAAAUUUGCAAGAAAAAGUAUUGUAAAUUGGAAAAAUAACGUCAAGGAAAUUUUUGGAGCAGCGAGUGUAUUUCAUUUGAAAUGUCCAAAAUGUGAUAGAAUUCGUCAAGUUAAAAGUUCAACUAGUGUUAUUCAACUAGUAGUUGGACCAGCAGUUGAGGUAGUUGCCAAGGAAAGUUGCCAUGAAGCGUUAAAAGUUGAACGAGAGUUGACAAUUUUGAAUGAAGGAUCUUGUGAUAGAACAAGUACUGAAAAAACUUUCCAUGAUGGUGAUUCUGAAGUAAAUUUAAAUAGUGGAGCAAGUGACACCAAGACAGGGCAUUUAGAUUUAAAGGCUGUUAGUACCAGUACUAUAAUUAAUCCUAUGGCAGAAAGGGUUAUUAAUACUGUUCAGACUGAUAUAAUGGUAGAUACUAACAACAAUAAUGGAGCAGAGACCGAUUUUGAAGAAACUAAUAAAUGUUGUGAUGACUCAACUUUCGAUGUGGGUUCAGCAGUUAUAAAUUCAACUGGAAGUUUUAUUCAAGAUGAAAGUAAUUCUAAAGAAAGUUUUGCAAGCUCUAGUCAAGAAUUGCCUAAAAAUCGUAAGCGUAAGUUGCAGAGUUUCAUCGGUACCUCAAAAACUCCGAAGACAAAGGUUGGCUUACGACUGUCAUACGAUGGAGCUUGGUUAAAAAAAAGGUUCCGGAAGAAGAAACAUGAUUGUCGCAGUAACUUCGUCGGUAGCUCUAAAGCCAUGGAGGCAGAUAUUGCAGUUCAAAUUCUUACUCAAAAUGAAACAUUUGUAGAAGAAAAUAUUGAAAUAAAAACAUUAAUUGGUGAUGAAGAUUCAUGUACUAUUGCUAAUUUACGCAGGGCAUCUGAUCAUACAAUUGGCAAGUGGACGGAUAUCAAUCAUGCAACAAGAAAAAUUUCAAAACUUUUGUAUGCUAUUAAAAAAAUUCCUAAAGCUGCAAUUGAGUAUUUAAUAUAUUGCUUUAAUAGUGCUCUUCGAGCUAAUGACGGUAACGUUGAAUCGACAAAGGCAGCAAUAUUAAAUAUUGUACCACAUGCUUUCGGUGAACACGAUGCGUGUGGUUUAUGGUGUAACUAUGCAAGUGAUCCUGAAGGUUUUAAACAUAAAUAUCUUCCAGGUGGUAAGCCUUUAACUGGUGAUGAGUUAAAAGCUAGUAUCACGCCAAUUUUUAAACAAGCCGCGGAUAAUGCAGAAAAGUUAGCUCCACGCGGAUCAAGUCAGAUUAAUGAAAACUGUAAUGCUGUGAUAACGACUAAAGCACCGAAGGCAAAACACUACAGUGAUUCUAGUUCCAGUGAUUUUCGUGUAGCUGCAGGUAUAAGUCAAGUAAACUUGGGCACGAGUUAUUUAAAUACAGUAAAUACCAAAUUAGGCUUAUCUCCAAUGAAAGCUAACUCAUUGCUUUUUCGAAAAAAUCGAGAUGAAAGAAGAAAGAAAAGAAAUGCCCUCAUUAAAACUAAAGAAUUCAACAAAAAACGCCGUGCCCUUUUUCGAAAUCGACAGAAAUCAAAUGCAUCCGCUGAAGCUCGUGAAGGUAUUACUUAUCAAAGUAACAGUGAAAUAAGUGCUAGUCUUGAAUUAAAUGAAAAAUUCAUCUCUAGCAAUGCUCUAACCGUUGAUGGAAGCACAAAACUUGUCAUCUUUGAUAUUGAGACUACCGGAUUAAAAUUAACUGAUCAGAUAAGGCGUAAUGAAAAAAAAAGUUUCGCUCAAUCUGCUUUGGCUGAAGAUUAUCUAGGUUCAACAUUUAUACAGGAAUCUGCGCAUGAUGCUUCAGCAGAUGUUUCUGUUUUGCAACAACUUAUUAAUCAUAAAGACAUUAAUAUUUCUUCUAAAGAUUUGAUGAAUGCCGGAGUUACUGUAGAUAGCAUUCUAAAUGCUAAGAAUGAAAAGAAUAAAUUGAAAAGUUUGAAAGAUUCACUGAGUGCACUGAAGGCUGACAAAAAAAAUGAAAAAAAUAAACAGCAAUGUGGAGUUUCUGCUAGUAUAAUUACCAAAAUAGCAAAAGCUGGGAUAAAUAUGUGCGAUUUAAAAAAAAUUUAUGUAGAUGAUGGAUUUGAAGGUUUAAAAAUUUUAUUAAGCCAAAGUAUUGACCAAAAACCUCGCGUAACUGCAAUUAAAAAUAAAUUAGAUGAACUACUUAGUAGUAAUAUGCAAUAA